AUGAUACUCAUCUUCAAUACUUUGUUCUUCACUACUUUGCCUGUCUCUCCAGUGCCCGACAUGGAUGUCAUUGGCUACAUCAGUUUCCUCGCAGACUCACCACUCUGGGCCAAAGAGAAACCGUUUGGAUUGACGCUUCCUGCGGACUAUGAGCCGCCCAAAGACGCUCGUUUGACAAACCUGCUUUUCGAUGAGCGUCGUCUCAGCAUCAAAGAUAUGCGAGCACGCAUAGAGGACUUUACCGUCGACCAGUCCGGCUUUGCGUUACUGAAACAGCCUACACGCCAUCUAGAGAUCGACAACAUGACAGUCUUCGAAGAAUACAAGAAGGAAACCGAGGAAAUUCUGACGCGGUUGUUGCAGCCGGAGUUUAUACGCUGUUGGGACGGCCGUAUUCGCAAAGCCGAGAGGCUUCUGCAGAACAUACAGGUAGAAGACCUGAACGAUAAGCUGACAGGUUCCAACCCUGUCAAUCUCGCGCACGUCGAUGAAACCGUGGCGAUGGGGCAUGAGUCCAUCGAGCUCGUACUAUCAGAAGAAGAAAAGACAAAGUACAUGAAUGGUGGCUACCGAGUUCGCAUGAUCAACACGUGGCGACCAAUGGUGGAAGACCUGGAGCACUUUCCUCUGGCGAUCCUUGACUUCCGCAGUCUCGACCCCAUGCAAGACUUUGUGCCGUAUGACCAAGUAUCUCCAAUACGACACAAGGAGCUGUACCUGAUCAAACCGAAGAAGGAACACCAGUGGUACUGGGCUUCUCGACAAAAACGGUCAGAGCUGCUGGUUUUUGUCCAAUACGAUUCAAUGGUUGGUUCACAGGCGCGCUGCUUCCGAAAUACCUGCGCGGAUCCAAACGCCGUUAUGCGCAAGAGCAUCGAGACCCGUUCAGUUGUCAUAACCAAGAUCCAACACGAUGACAAGACAGGCUAG